CCUCUCUUCCUUCACCGUUUCACACUUUCCUCUCUCAACUCUUUACUCUAUGCAAAGCUUCAUAGAUACAUAGAAAGACACCCUUUUGCCGAGUGAAAACAAAGUUGUUCACUUGGUGUUGGUAGGGUUGAAUCUCUUUCAGUUUCAGGUUGAGGUGGCACUACACAACCAUUUCCUUCCACCUCUUCCAUUUCUGUGACUCACAAAACUUUCCCACCAAUUCAGCCUGACCGACACUGAGAUCUUGUUCGUCUUAUAUAUCUUGUAUUGUUUGCCAGAAACCAGACAGAAACAUGUAUAUUGUUAGGGUUUUAUUUUUCUGUGUUACUGUUUUCCUUCUUAUUUAACCUACUUUUCCUUUCCAGAAACAAAGACAAGCGUUCAUCGCUGCUUUCUGUUCUUCUUAUAUGCCUUUUUCCUCGGGAUCCGAUCCCACAAGUAAAACACUAACACAGGUUGUUGUUUGUUUCUUUGGGAGAGAACAAAAAGCUAGCUAACAGAAAAAGUCGACGGGUUCUGUUCCCGAGGACUUGUGUUUGUUACUAUUUCGACCUUUUUCAGUGCUUUUAUUGCGUUGAAAAUCUUUGUCUAUGAUUUAGGAGCUUCCUCUAUAUAUUUUGGAGACAUAUCACCACACAGCACCACUUUCAUCUCGGUGCAUAUAAACACCAACCCAUUUUGGAGGAAGAUUUCUGACAGAACCACCGUACCCAGAUCCGUGAAGACUAGCUUGAUCUGAAUCAACUGAGGAGAACAUGGACAGUUUCACUCAUGUUCCCCCCGGUUUUAGGUUCCAUCCAACGGAUGAAGAACUCGUUGAUUACUACCUUAGGAAGAAAGUGGCUUCAAGGAGGAUUGACCUGGAUGUGAUAAAAGAUGUUGACCUCUACAAAAUUGAGCCAUGGGAUCUUCAAGAGAUUUGCAGAAUAGGAACGGAAGAGCAAAAUGAAUGGUACUUCUUUAGCCAUAAAGACAAGAAGUAUCCAACUGGAACUCGCACAAAUAGAGCAACUGCAGCUGGGUUUUGGAAAGCAACAGGAAGAGACAAGGCAAUCUAUUCCAAACAUGAACUCAUAGGCAUGAGGAAAACCUUAGUCUUUUACAAAGGUCGAGCACCAAAUGGACAAAAGUCAGAUUGGAUAAUGCAUGAAUAUCGCCUUGAAACAGAUGAAAAUGGCACUCCACAGGAAGAUGGUUGGGUUGUGUGCAGAGUAUUCAAGAAGAGAGUAACAACGAUGCGGAAAGUGAACGAGCACGACUCUCCCAAUUGGUACGAUGAGCAAGUAUCUUUCAUUCAAGACAUGGACUCACCGAAGCAGAAUUCUCAACCUAAUUUGGUCUACCAGCUUCCUUAUCCUUGCAAGAAAGAGCUAGAUGUGCCCUACCAGGUGCCUCGUGACCACUUCCUUCCACUUCUGGAGAGCCCAAAACUGCUUCAAUCUGCUUCAGCCAUGACCCCAAAUCCCAUGGCACCAUAUCUUCUAGAUCAUGCGAACCACUCCACCACUCUGCUUCCCUCGUUACUCAUACAAGAAGAACAUGUUAUUGGUCAGCAGAUGAACUUUCAGACAACCUACGGCAACUGCAAUGAACAAGCAAUGGAUCAAGUAACCGAUUGGAGAGUGCUUGACAAGUUCGUUGCUUCACAACUCAGUCAAGAUGGAUCCAAAGACAAUAUCUUUCACGGCACGGACAACGGCAAUUGCAAUGUACAGUUCAGACAUUUCGACAAACAUGAGGUGGUGGUGCCUCAGGAAAAUGCUUCAACAUCAAACUCUAGCUACCCAAUUGCAUUGUGGAAAUAGUGACUGCUUUAUGAAUUGGUUUUGUUGGGUACAUACUAAUUAUAGGUACUUAGCUAAAAACAUCUCUUGCAAGUACUGUUUAAGUGCCUGUACAUAAUAAACGUAUAAUGGGCAAAACUUUAACUAUUGUGGAGCUUCUUGCUCCACUGCAUCUAUCUAGCUGCUAGCAUAUUCAAUUGAAAAGAAACAAAAAAAUAUAUAUAGUUAGUGAAAAGCCAUAUCUAUAUUUUCCUGAAGAUGGAAAGGUUUGAAAGGGUAAAAGUUGCAUUGUUGAGUACGCAUGCAUACAUGUAAACCAAGGUUCAAUAGCCACAUCCGCUAUGUUUUCAUUGGAUAGACCGGGUGGUCCACAUAUAUCUAUCUAUGUCUGUAUGUUACAAUUAAAACAAAAUAGUUAUAGAAUAAAUUCUUCUCUUUCUCCUUUUUA